AUGAAACUGGAUAAUACAUCAGACGUUUCAGCCAUCAAUAAAAUGGGAAGUAAACGGUCUAUACCAAUGGAUAAGACAGUACAAGAAAUAUGGCACUGGGCAAUCCAAAAUAAUAACUGGCUGACAGCCACACACAUUCCAGGAAUUCUAAAUGUCGAGGCAGACCGAGAAUCAAGGAAAUGUGAAACUAGAAUUGAGUGGAUGCUUAAUAAGGAAGUAUUCAACUAUGUCAUUGAUACUCUAGAUUUCCAACCAGACAUUGAUUUAUUCGCAAGUCGAAUAAACAGCCAGUUGGACAUGUUCUACUCAUAUAGGCCUGACCCAGAAUGUCAAGCAGUAGAUGCAUUCACUAUCAACUGGCACAAUAAAAUUUUUUAUGCCUUCCCACCAUUCACAUGUAUUGCAAGGGUGAUACAAAAAAUAUGGAAUGAUGAGGCAACAGGCAUCCUUAUAGUCAGACCUCCUAUUGCUACCACAACAGAAGGACAUAAACCAUCCAAUGCACAAGACACUGCAACUGAAGGCAGCAAUCGUUUCCGGGAAAUCCUUUUCCAGAAACAAUUCUCACCCGAGAUCAGUAGUCUACUGUUAGCAUCCUGGGGAGAAAACACACAAAAUAGCUAUAAUAUGUAUAUAAAAAAGUGGAUUACAUAUUGCCAGAAUAAUAAUGUGGAUGACAUCAUAAAUGCAGACUAUAAAAUAGCUAUGUCCUUCCUAACAAAAUUAUUUUACCACGACAACUGGAGGUAUGGCUCUAUUGCAGCAGCUAGAUCUGCACUAUCUGCCAUCUUACACACAAAAAUGUUAAAUCUUUCGGUAAAGAUGAGCAGGUCAGCAAGUUUCUUAGAGGGAUGUUUAAGUUACGCCCCAGCUUCCCAAAAUAUACCCGGGCAAGGGGGACAGAUAAUAGGUGCUUUAAGAACAGACUAUUGUCAUUAUGGAGAUAACUGCUAUACCUUCUACAUUCCAACCAUAUUAAAAACAACAAAACCAGGAAAGCAUCAAGAACCCCUACGAUUCCUUGCAUACUCUAAUAACCCAAAGCUGUGUAUCGUAAAUUGUUUACAGGAGUACCUGGAACGAACAAACAGCAUCAGAGAAAACCUGGAGAACCAACCAAAGCAGCUAUUGCUUUCAUAUGCAUACCCACACAAACCAGUGGGGGUGGCUACAAUAGCUCGCUACAUUAAGCUAUUUCUUGGACUGGCAGGGAUCGAUAUCACCGUAUUUACCGCUCACUCGGUAAGAAGUGUAUCCACCAGCAAGGCAAACAACCUUAGUUUAAACAUAAAGGACAUACAAAAGGCAGCAGGAUGGGCAUCUGAUACUUGUUUUCGAAAGUUUCAUAAUCUACCGAUAACUGAAAACUUCGGUACAACACUGUUGAAGAACAAUUAA